AUGGUUACCCCAAGUGUUCUUACCUUUGAUACUGAGGGUCGUGCUGUUGACUUUGAGGUCUGGGUCGAUGACCUCCAGCUGUUCCUCCAGUGCGAUAAGGCAGACGGCCUCUCACUGUUCGACCUCACCUCUAGUGCCUCCCCUGCCCCGCCUGCUACUGCUGACAGCACUGUUCGCUCACAGUGGGCGACACGCGAUGCUGCUGCCCGUCUUGCUGUGCAUCGCCACUUACCGACCACUGAGUGUGCGCACUUUAGCCAGUACAAGAGUGCUCAGACCUUAGACCACUUCCUCUCAGUUUGCCCCACCACACUCACCGUUGACCUCCUCGAGGAGCGCCUCCUAGCCGCAGAGAAGAGCAUAGUUGCUGUAGGAGCCUCUCGUGGUGACCCUCGCACCCUUGUCUUUAAGGGGUGUUCCCCCUCCCCCCUCUUGCCCUCUGUUGCUUCUGCUGCUGCUGCCGACCUCGUUGGUUUCUACGGGGUCGGCGCUGCGUCUGCCCCUAGCGGGGGACGCCGCACCGGCAAAGGCAAGGGGGGCAAGGGAGCUGGAGGGGCUAGCAGGGGCGGUGGAGGUGGUGGUGGAGGCAGUGGAGGGGGUGGGGGUGAUGGUGGGAGUGGUGGCGGGGGUGGUGGCGGCAGUGGCAGCAGUGGAGGCGGAGGAGGCGGCGGUGGUGGCGGAGGGAGCGGAGGCGGCGGAGGUGGCGGAGGCGGCGGAGGUGGCGGAGGCAGCGGAGGCGGCGGCGGCGGCGGCGGUGGAGCUGGUCGUGACUCUGCGCAGAGGAGUGGGUCUGGUGGUGGUCCACGCCAGCAGCAGCAGCGCAGUCGUGAGACCCUGACCCCUCAGCAGCUUCGUGAGUGGUACGCUGCGCGUCAGCGCGGUGGGGGUACUAGCCCCUGCACUUACGUCCUCCGUACCGACGACCGCGCUGGUGAGGAGUGCGGGGGCCCGCACUCCACCCAGCGCUGCUUCGGACGCCUGACGGACGCGUGGCGUCACCAGUUCCCUGAGGCGUCAGAGAUCCGUCGCUGGGGAGAUCUGUCUAGGGCGGGGGUUGCCAUCUUUGAUCUUGACUAUGAUGCUAUUCUUGCUGCCAUAUAUGCUGUGUCUGCUAGUGUUGAGGGUGACUGUUACCUGUGUGUUCCGCCUGACCCGGGCAUUGAGACUGCUGCUCUAGGUGCUGGUGAGGCUGCUGCUCUAGGUGCUAGUGCGUCUGCUGCCCCAGGUGCUAGUGCGUCUGCUGCCCCAGGUGCUGGUGAGUCUGCUCUCUCAGGUACUACGUCGGCUCAGGUCUUACACACCUUCACCCUUGACUCGGGUGCUUCCCGUUCCUUCUUUCGAGACCGCACCACGCUUACGCCGCUUAGUCGGCCGGUUGCAGUCUCCCUGGCGGACCCCUCUGGGGGUCCUGUCCUUGCUAGCUUCUCCACUGUCUUACCGUGCCCGGCAGCCCCCUCUGGCACCCUGUCAGGUCUCUACCUCCCCUCGUUCUCUACAAACUUGGUGAGUGGAGCUGACCUACAGGAUAGGGGGGUUGACCAGUUCAAUCCUACGAGUCAGCGGGUGACCCACUGCACGUGUGCUCGGACAGGCCGACACUUGGCCACGUUCACCCGUCGGCCAGGUUCGAGCCUGUACACACUUACUACUGAGUCUCCUCCGGCUGCUGAGUCUGGCCAGGUAACUGCGUCGAGUCAGGUGUUUGCUGCAGCGUCCAGGUCUGGUCCUGAGUCUGCUCCCUGCUCGUGUCGUCUCUUGUCCCACCAGACUCUCCUUUGGCACCCCCGUCUUGGUCACCCCUCCCUGCCUCGUCUCCGGGGCAUGGCCUCCCGUGUCCUUGUCUCUGGUCUCCCCCAGUCUCUCCCUCCUCUUCCUCCGGGACCUGCCCCUACCUGCGUCCCCUGCGUCGAGGGGCGACAGCGCGCCGCCCCUCACUCCUCCGAGUUUCCUCCGGCAGAGGCUCCGCUGCAGACUCUCAACAUGGACGUGUGGGGCCCCGCCCGCGUCCGUGGACAGGGGCACGAGCGUUACUUCCUGUUGUUGGUUGACGACUACUCGCGUUACACCACAGUCUUCCCCUUGCGCAGCAAGGGUGACUUCACUGAGGUGUUGAUCGACUGGAUCCGCGCAGCUCGUCUCCAACUCAGGCAGAGCUUCGGCUCGGACUUUCCUGUUCUGCGUCUGCACUCUGACAGAGGUGGAAAGUUUUCCUCUGCCCGUCUGGGAGCCUUCUGUCGUGCGCAGGGCAUCCGCCAGACCUUCACGCUUCUUGCCUCUCCACAGCAAAAUGGGAUUGCUGAGCGCCGCAUUGGCAUGGUCAUGGACGUCGCUCGUACGUCUAUGAUCCAUGCGGCUGCCCCCCAUUUUAUGUGGCCGUUUGCGGUUCAGUACGCAGCGCAUCAGCUCAACCUUCAGCCCCGAGUCUCCUUGCCCGAGACCUCCCCCACCUUGCGGUGGACGGGGAAGGUUGGCGAUGCGUCUGCGUUCCGUUCCAGUGUUUUGCAGCUGCUUUGCCUCAUCUCGUGUCCACGCUGA